AUGGUAAGCCCCGACCCCUUCCCCACAGGCAAGGCUGUGCAGGAGCAGCACCCAGGGCUGUGGAUUAGGGAGCAGCCAACAGACGCAGGGGACUGCCCACAGCUUGAAGCCAUGGCAGGGAGUGGGGCACAGACAGCCGGACAAAGCCCGAGCCCUGGACUGAUGCAGGGGGAGGAGCGAGGCCCAGCCUGCUCCCAGGGAGGACCAGGAUGCCCAGGUGCUGCCAGCUGGCCACCCCCUGUGACCAGGCUCCCCCGCUCCAUGGCACCACCGCCCCCUGCCAGCAAGCCACAUGCCUGCAUGUCAGCGGUGGUGAUCGUCUCCACCAUGGCAGCGGUGGACGUGUACCUGAUGGAGCUGAGCGCUGGAGCGCAGUGGGCCAGCGUGCUGGCCCUGGCAGGUGAUCUGUGCUUCCUCUUGGUGCUGCGCUAUGUGGGGGCAUGGGCGGGUGCCGAGGCCCGGACCCCGCGGCAUGGCUACACCAUGGCACUCUGGUUCCUCUUUGUCUUCACCCUGGAGAUCAAGCUAUACUUCAUCUACCAGGGGUACCGGGCCGACCGGCGCACCCCUGACCCGCUGGCCCGCCGUACCCUGACCCUGCUGCUCUCCAUCUGCAUCCCUUCCCUUUACGUGGUCCUGGUGGCCACCGAGCACCUGGAGCAUGUGGCCACCUUCCAGCGCAAGGAGGACCUGCGCGGCCGGCUUCUCUGGGUGGUGGUGGACCUGCUGGACCUACUGGAGAUGCAGGCCAGCCUGUGGGAGCCUCAGUGGCAGAGGCUGCCGCUGUGGGCUGAGGGCCUGACUUUCUUCUACUGCUACAGCCUGCUGCUGGUGCUGCCCUGCGUGGCACUGGGCGAGAUGGACCUGCCCGCCUCCCCCCGCCUCCCACUUUACCCACUGCUCAGCCUGCUGGCCGUCAACCUGGCCACACUGGCCAUCCGGGCUGCUGACCUGCUGCUCUAUCGCGACCAGCGGGUCUCUGCCAUCUUCAUGGCCAAGAACCUACUGGCCAUCGCGCUCAAGGGGUGCACGGCCCUGCAGUACCACAGAGCUGGGGCUGCUGGGCUGGGGGAGCUCCCCCCUGGGGACAUGCCAUGUCACACGCCCCGGCAUGGGGGCAUGGACAGCACCUCUGGGCCCAGGUUCAUCCCCCGGGAGUUCUGA